AUGAGAGACUCACGAAAAUACUUUUCUUGUUCUAUCUAUCUAUCUAUCUAUCUAUCUAUCUAUCUAUCUAUCUAUCUGGUACUGAUAAAACAAUUAUUCUUUCCGUUUUUAUUGUUUUUUUUAACGUCGCUUAUCUAUCUAUCUAUCUAUCUAUCUAUAUCUUUAUUUUUCUCAUUCACCAAUACUGUAUGUCUUUCUCUUCUUUCUCCUCAUACUCCAUCUUCACAUCUUUCUUCCUUUAUCACUGACUUUGUUUCUUUCUUUCUUCAUCCCAAAUGCUCCCCUAUUUCUCCUCGUCUCUCUUUAUGCCUCCCUAUCUUACAAUUUUUGCUCUCACUUUCUCUCUAUCAUUCUUUCUCGUUCUCUCUCCUUCUGCCUUUUCUACUUCUCUCUUUCUCUAUGCCCUACAAUCUGUCUCUCACUUUUUCAACAUGUUAUCACUACCAUCUUUCUCUAUCUUUUUCUCCUCUUUUUUCACUCCAUGUCACCCUUUCUUUUUCUCUAUCUCUCGCACUCUUUCGCUCUCUUUCUUUUUAUAUCUUUCUUUUUUUUUAUUUCGCUCUUUCCUUCUCUUCUAUUAUCAUAAUUUUAUCUACGACUACCUCUUCUCUCUUUCCAUCUUUGUUAAUCUUUCUCCUCUCCGACUGUCUCUUUCCCUCCUUAUAUUUCUAUAUCUCUUCGAUCUCAUCUCACUCCAUUUCCUUCUUUCUCUUUUUUCUCCUUUUCUCAUAUUAUUUCUCUUCCUAUAUUUCUUUUUUCUCUCUCUCUCUCUUCUACUAA